AUGCAGAGAGACUGUCCGGCAGCAAAGAGUAGUGUUGAGGGAGCCAAGACACAGGUGAAUUCAUCUGUACCACCACCUCAGAAGGGUGCCACUUCAGCCAUCAGAAAUAGACGCAACCAGUUAUUGUGUCUAGUGAAGAUCUUGAGGAGGAUAGGUGCAGUUGCGUAUGAGUUAGAGUUGCCUGCUAGUUUAGGUUCUGUUCGUCCGGUAUUCCAUGUGACCAUGCUGAAAAAAUGCAUUGGAGACCAUUCUUUAGUGUUACCUGUAGAAGAGAUCAAGGUGACAGACUCUUUAACCUAUGAAGAAGAACCGGUAGCAAUCUUAGAUCAUCAAGUUCUAAAAUUGAGGAACAAAGAGAUAGCCUCAGUUAAAGUGCGAUGGAGGAGUCAAAAAGUUGAAAAGGCUACUUGGGAAUUCAAAGAGGACAUGCAAGUUAGAUACUCAAGCUUGUUUGAUCUGGAGAAUGAUGAAAUGGAAGGUACGAAUGAUCCCAAGGGGGGAUAA